GGUAGCAUACAACUAAAUAAACGUCAUUAAGAUAUUGAAGAUAUUGAACUACCAUUUAAAUGGCAACGUCAUCUAGUGCCUGAUAUUUGCGAGACUUAAGACCUAGAUUGGAAUAAACAUUUCAUCCAACUAUUCAGCGUCUAUAGCGACGGAACACUGCGAUCGUCGUUCAUCAUGUUAUCUGCUGCGCGCACUCCCGUGAUAAUAUCUUCUCGCAGAUACUUCCUCCAUGCUCGAUCUUUUCACCAGAGGCGCAUUGAAGGGACUACCUUGUUCCCGAUACAAUUACAACAAGCCGGUGUAUCGCCCUCGGGGCCCGUUCUAAUUCGCAGUUUUCAGCAAUGCCGACGCCAGUCCUCUUCGCAUGAACCGAAUCGCCAGAUUCCGCCUCUACCGCCGUCGAAGCUUCUCCUUCGCGCUCUAAGGCAGGGUCUAAGUUUUCGUCCCUUAUUCAGCGCAUUUAGGGGCCAGAGCCUUCGUACCUUGUUUCGCCAAAGCCCAGAAGAACUUGUUAUCGCUAUUCUUUUGCUAUGCGGUGUGGCCGGCAUAUCAGUCUACGUGGCUUACGCAUAUUUCAAUUACUUCCAAUCCAAGCAGUUCACUCGAUUCCCGCCGCAGAUCGCAAAGUCUCUUCGCCGCGCAUUAUAUUAUAGCAACUAUGCGCCGGACCCGGAAUUAGCCCUCAAGUACUAUAAACGCGCCUUGGAGCAAUGUUCGCAAGCUGGCCUCGAUCCGUUCUCCGACGAAGUUAUGGGAGUCAAAAUACAACUUGCCGCCUGGUUUGAAAAGAUUGGUAGUUAUAGGAAUGCUAUUAAUGUGUUGGAGUCUCUUGCUAGAGACUGUAAAAAAUGGGUUGAAGUAAUGGAGAAAAGCGUCCGAGAUGGACAAGUUGAUAAGUCAGGGAAGCUGGUUGGUUCUCCGAGUCCUCAACCCCCUACACAAGAGGAUGCCGAGGCCGAAACGGAUACGAAGCCGGAGAAUCUAUGGGGCAAGCGGACAAGGAUCCUGGGGAAAUUAGUUGGAAUCAGUGUUAAGCUUGGAGAACUUUAUUCCGACGAACAUGUUCUUCAAGGCGACUCCGCUGGCCAACACUUAGUCUGGGCCGUUGAGACUGUUUUAAAGGAAUUACAGAGGCGCCAGGUUGAAGGUGUGAAGGAGGGCGAAGGUGAUUGGAUGACCCCGGAGCAAAUCGGGGGUGCGCUCGAAGCGUUAGGAAAUCAUUACGAGUCCAAGUCCCAACACUACCUCUCAGCACCGCUCUUCCUGCAGGCAGUAUCACUUUCGCCCCGGAAUAGCUGCCACACCGCCGUUCUAAUGAACAACCUGGCCAUUUCUUUAGCACAGCAACCCAUCGACACACCAACAAAUACCAAACAGGCCUCUCAGGGUAGCGAAUCCAAUGUGACUGCUCGUCCCACACGGUCUACACUCUUAGCCAGUGCCCGCGCUUGGGCUCAGCAAGCUCAAGAAACAGCGCAGAAAGUACAGGGCGAAGAUAGAACUGAAGAGUGCGACGAAGCUUGUGCCGUAGCACUUUGCAAUCUUGGAGAUAUCGCGGCGAUGACUGGAGAUACCGAGGAAGCUAGGCGUAAGUUUGAGGAGAGUCUAAGUUUGAGCAAGAGAAUUGCGUUUGACCCAGGUGUCGCGCAAGCCCAGGAGGGCCUUCAGCGCUUAUCUAAGGCGACCCCGAACAGAUCUACGUAGUCUAAUACCUCGCCACUUAACGGAAUUCUCAGUUCCUUGAGGCCAGGAUUCUCAGGCAGCGAGGGUAACAAAGCUACCUAAAGGAAUAUGUUGCAGCAGAUGCUGUCUAUGGGGGUUGUACGCAUAGCCAAAUUAGGCAUAGGAUUUUCUACCGGGCAAGUAUGGUGUAACGGGAUAUUGUGUUUUUAUAGCAUGGUUGGAACGAGGUUGAUGGUAAAGAGGGUAAAAGGGUUCCCAAAGCACCUCGGGGCCGAAUGCUUUCGUAAAAGUAGCAGCAUUAUCGUGACGAAAGUCGUAGUGAGUGAGUACAAUCCACUCACGUAAUUGUAGAAGAUCUACUAUAUAGGCUAUCCCCGUAUAUACCAGUAUAUAGUUGCGGCGGCCGCUAAGGCACGGACAUAGAUUCAAACCCGAUGUUCGGAUUCUUUAUGCGUGUUAGAUGACAUCACUUUUCAAUAUCUAAGAGUGAGGUCGGCUACAGCUACGGCACAGGACGGAAGCGGAAUUAACGAAGGACUCGGAACUCGGGUGACAUAAGUUCACAUAUAUGCCGCUCUUGACAUCGG